UCGUGUGCAUGAUGCGAUAGUUAUUAAAAUCGAUCCAGUUCCUGAGAACAGAAUGCCUUCACGCAUGCAAGCAUGGCAUUUUUGUUCUAGGAACAGAAUAAGAAGAGGAGCAGAUCUUCCGCAUCGAACUCAC